AUGACCAUAGAUGAUGACUUGUUUGACGUGGCUGACAAUGACGUAGAGCUAGAAGAAGAUGCCGAAAACUAUGGAAUGGAUGUGGACGAUCAAGGCGAUAACGACGAUGGAGAUGACAACAUGGAUCAAGACGACAAUGACGAGAACGACGACAAUGAUGACAUGGAAAACGAUGAAGAUGACGAAAAUGACGAAGAAGACGAUAACAUGGACGAUGAUAACCUAGAAGAUGACGAAGAAAAUGAAGACGAAGACGAGAAUGACGAAAAUGAUGACCAUGAUCGUGGCGAUAAUGAUGACCAGAACGAAGCCGAGGCUGGUUCACAAGAUGAGGAUAACAGCAAAACAACAACUUCUUCUCAGCGCCAGGAUGACAGUAUUACGAAUAAUACCGGCACUGAAGCGAGCGACCCAAGGACUAGGAAUGGAGCGUCAGGUGAUACUUCCAAUGGCAACACUAAUGACAAAGAUGCUUCGAAAGGCAACAAGGGAAGCACCGACUCCACAUCUACAACGACACAACUUGAUCGCGACACUAUUCGAAAGAAUGCAUUAAUUGGAAUUAAAACCGCCGAUGAACUCGAAGUGGUGCCUCUAGUGGCAGUGCCAUGUGUACAGCAGUGCCAUGCAAUCGCGAUUUCUCAUGGCCCUAAAUGGCUUCUCACUGGUGGAGAAGAUGGAUUUAUCAGGAAGUAUGAUUUCACAGCGUCCAUUGAAGGCAAAGCUCCGCUCACUGUUGCCCAGAAGCACAACUUGAUUGAGAGCAUCAACAAAGCAGGUGUAAUUGGAUCUUACUGGGAAAAUGAGCAGCCCAUGACCAGAUCCGAGAUGCUUGCAGCAAAUCCAAAAUUCAAGGACUCUGACUUUACUAGUGGAAAUGCCACGUACGAGCCCAAGCUCAGCCCCGUGUAUGCCUUAGAGGUACAAAAUGAUGGUCUUUGGUGUUUGUCUGGACUCCAGUCUGGUGGCAUUUCUCUCUACACAAUGAUCUAUAAUGAAGGUGGACUUCAUCACUAUUUUCAACAUUCAAACAAUAGAUCUUCAUCCGCCCUGGAUCGCAACACUGGUCAUCUGGAUGCUGUCUCAGUUCUUCGGCUAAAUCAUUCUCAAACAUCUUUUCUCUCGGGUUCCUGGGACAAAACAAUAAGAGAAUGGGAUCUCAAUAAGGGAAGCAUCGUAAACGUUUAUAAAGGAAGUUCUGGUCAGAUCUCAAGUCUUCAAUACCGUCCAACUGGACUUGUUGAUCUUACAUUUGAAGCAAAUAAUAGUGACGUUGACUCCCUAUUCGGGAGCGACGAGGAAGAAGAGAACGAAGCCAACACCUCUCGGGUAUCGAAAUCCGGCUCAUCUUCUAGUAAAUCAGCAACAGAUGAGAACAUUUUUAUGAGCUCUGGUAUAGACGGUACGAUUAACAUAUGGGACACACGUGUUUCAGGAUCUCAUUCUGUCUUAAAACUCGCUGUACCUGAUGGUGUCCCUCCUUGGUGUAUGAACGCAACCUGGUCUAACGAUGGUGACAAGAUCUACAUCGGUAGAAGAAACAAUACUGUUGAGGAAAUUUCUUUGAGGAAACCUCAUGAAAGUAAAUCAGGAAGCACUAUGAAGCCAAACGUGCUGAAGAAGCUUUUAUUCCCUAAGGGGUCUGGACCAGUAACAGCAUUGACAAUAACUCCAAAUGAUAACUUUCUCUUUUGUGCCUCAAACGAUAAUAUUCGUCUCUACGAUUUGAGUCUACUUCCAGAGGAAAACUCGACUUCUACCAAAAGGAGGGCGACUCCUUAUCUUGUCAUCCCUGGCCAUCAUGGUGGAGCAAUUAGCAGCAUGAUCGUUGACGAGACAGGACGUUUCAUGAUAACUGCAAGUGGAAAUAGAGGAUGGGGCCAUCAAGCACACGCUGAAAAUGUCCUCGUGUAUUCUGUCGAUUUCUGA